AUGUCCAGCCGUAGCUCCGGUGUUUCCAUGGAAGUCUCUCACGGCCGGGAGGAGGAGCCCAAGGACAAGCCCGACAAUUUUGCAGAGGAGCAAGAGUGCGAGCACGAGAGCGCCAAGGAGAAAGACAAAAAGAACGGUGGCAACCACUCCAUUGACUUCAAGACCCAUCCCGCCUUCAAGAAAGCACGUGUUGCAAUCCAACUCUUCGUCAACCGUGCUGACAAGAUCGAACGAAAAAGCCAAAACAGAUACACGAUGCGGACCUUUGCAAUGGCAGAGUCAGACUUGAUGGAUGUUGACAGCUGGCACAAGAAGGCUUUGACUGCAGUGCGCAAGGCAACUCAAGUGGACAAGCAGGAGGGGGACAAACUCAAGGCUGAUUUACGGGAGAAGUGGCUGGCAGGACGAUGCACCUUCGCCAAUGAGGUGGGCGACUAUGAUAUGGACUAUGAUUACUCCGACCCUGACCUCAACCCCAAUUCCUGUUCCGAUUUCGAGAAGGACGAUUCCGAUCUCGAAGAGGACGGAUCCAAUCCCGAGGAGGAUGAUUAA